AUUUUUCAUUUGUAGACGGCGCUGUCGAGCCGGCCGCACCGUGUCUGUUUUUCGUCUCGAGAAAAUUAACUUUUGUACAACCAACACACACACAAAAGAACAAGAACCAAGGCAACAUUUCACUGAUUUCUCAAGUGUGUAGAUUAAUUUCACACACACACUGUCGUGUUAUUCAACAUUUCCUACCAGUUUCCAUCGUCAGAAAACGUUGGAUUCGAUUCGUCACCCAUUUUCCUUUGUUCGCCUUUUGAGCACGUCGUCUGUUUUGGUUUUUGUCAUGAACUGCUGACGCUUUUAUCUCGUUUUGAGGGAAAACAACAAUUUUCUCUGUGUGUGUGUGAGAGAAGAGUUUCGUUACCGGUUUUCUUGUCUGUGCACCAAGUAUAUGAUGUUGAGUGUCCGCCAUCUCACUCUGAAACUACGAUCGCAGUCGCUGAACGAAGAAUCCAACAACCUCAACAACUCGGACAAGUCGGAGCUCGAUCGGGAUUCGGGAACGGAAUCGGACGACGAACUUGGUGACCACCACCAGCCAGCCAUUUACAACAACAUGGAGCGUGAGGAGUUGAUGGACAAUUUGACGCCACGACGUGCCGUUCGGGAAAGGACCCGGUCUGAAAGUGGCAAGGAGAAUUCGAUUCGGCCGGUGGUGCCACAACGGCAACGCCGCAGCGAAAGAACUCUGCUGCGUGAGCGCUACACUGACGCUGUAAUGGCCACCACGUUGGCGGCCGUUGCGGCCCUUUCGGCCUCUGGUGAUGACGGCGGCGACGAUCGCCAAUCGACGACAGAAAGUCCAAUCGAAUUCUGCACAGUCACGGACUCUGCUCUGCCAUCGGAUUCAGAUCACGGCCCUUGGGGCGAUCAACACAGUUCCGAAGAAGAACUCGAAUGCAUCAAUGGUGCCGAGGAGGAAUCGAUGGCUCACGAUUUACUCACGACACCGGCGGCAUCUUCUUCUGGAACGGCUCUACGUUUUGGUCCCAGUGCCUUCGGUCCACCCCGUUUCUGCCCGAAUCAGCACAACAACAACAAUCAACAACAACCUCGAAAAGUUGUUCAGCCGCAGGGUCCCGAGAAGCGAAAGUGGGGCCAAGUGAACCACCGGCGUUUGAGCGAGCGGAUGAAAAGUCGUCCGCGUUCGGCCGUUUUAUUGCAUCACGGCUUGAUGAUUGAAAAUGAGCCGAUGGAACGGAGCAUCAGCAGCGUCGGGGCUGCGUUCGACUGUUCGGCCUCAUCGGACGACGAGGUUCAGUCGCUGGUCGGAGGUCCUCAGGACUCGCCUCUGCCGCUCGAGUUCCGCACGUCGCCACCGGAGGGUGCUCACCGGCCGACACGCUCUCUCUCCCCACCGCCGAAAUUCUUCCUGGCCGAUCGUGAAGAUAUGGCCUCUCCCUUGAGCGCAGCAGCCAUGUUGUCGUUGCACGCGGAACCGGCUGCUCUGUCCGUCGCCAACGGCAACAAUAUCGGAUCGCCCCGCAAACGCCACCGUCACGCCCAUCGCUCCCAUCACCACAUCCAGCGUCCUUGCCUGGAUUUCGAAAAGAUGCAGCAGGUGGAAAAUGUCUUUACUCUACACUCGGAGAAGACGCAGCCAAAGUUUUGGCAGUUUCGGUUCUUUCAAAGAACAAUUGGCGAUGGAGAAACCUGCCAAACCGGAAUUGAUCGAAGGUUACGCUCACAUCUGCUUCGAUGAGCUCGGGCUUUGGUUUCGCGGAAUUCUGUCCACACCCGACGGCCAAUCAUCGUACAACUUGUCGGGAAAAAGAACACAGCUCACGAUGACCGAAGAAAUGAGUGACGUCGCUGACGGAGGUGCUCCCGAUGUUAUCCGCGAUUUCCCGUCGCCACUGCGUACACCGAAUUCCGGAUCGGUGGAAAUGAGGUCGCCGGAAUUUAACAGCAUCACUUCUGGCUGCGUUAGCCGCCAAGACUCGAUCGAUAGCCGGACGGAGCGUGAACUUCAAUUCAUUCUGGAAGAAUUGCCCAAUACGAAACGUGACAUUAGUCCGCCUGCGCCUUACAGCCAAUCAGAGCCAGUUUCACGACCAGGAUCACCUCCCUCGACACAACAGAUCGUUCGAGCACUAGACAAUUUGCUUAUUUCGAGCCCCACGGUCUGCACCGUCAAUUCAUUUCCAUCCGACUACAACAACGCGUCGCCAAUGUCUCCCUUCCGCAGCCGAAGUGGCAGCCGCUCACAGAUGAACGUGGACACCGUUUCCGUAGUGUUUGACGUCACCGUUUCUGAUUUGGAAGAAGGAUCCCAACAUUGCAUUCGCAGCGUGUCCGGCCGCAAAGGAAACACUCUGACGCUGCGGAACAAACAACUCUGUUUCGUGACUGAACGAUCUUUUUGGGGUCAGCGAGCAGACAUGAUCAUUCAGAAACAAUUAGCAGCUCCCGACUUGGUUGGGCAGGGAUGUCACGUUUUUGCUGGUCCAAUGCGUUUCUAUUUUUACAAUAGUUUGACAUCGUCAGGAGCUUCUUCGUUGACCAAUUGGUGCUGGUAGAAGAAAAUCACUUUGGUGCCCCUCGAGAUCUGGUGUGUUGACAGUUCAAUCUCUUUUGAGAUUGAUGUUGUUAAAGCUAAAGAUGAAAUUAUUCUAGAUAAAUUGAUGAAGAAGAGCUUUGAUUUUUUUGUUGGGUCGUGCGAGUUUCGACUCUGGGUUGACGAUUUUUGCAACUAAAUUGACCCUAUUGUUGUCCAUGUUAUUACGAGAUUGUGUAUCUAAUAAUGUGAACGUGUAGAAAUAUUCCGCUUCAUUAUUAUCUUUGUCUGGAGAAUGAAAGUGAGGGUUUAAAAUACAACCGUUUUGUUUCCGUCGACCCUCUGUAAUAUUCGGUCAUGUCUAAAUAAGUUUGUUAACCUUGUUCUCUUUUCUUUAUCUUUUGAUCUUGAAUUUCAAUUGCAGACAAACACAUUUGGAUAUCACACGGACUGCAACAUUUCAUCUGCUGUAAAUAUCCGCAAUCACAAUAUUAACAAACUUACACAGACUUGCUAACUGGCUGUAAAUAUAAUAUGCCAUUCUCCUGAUAUUGAUAAUUUUAGGCUGGUCAUUGUCGUGUUUUUGUUGCAAUACACCUUAUUCUUCGUCA